ACUUGUCGCGCUGAGUUCGUUCGUGUCGCAGCAGCAGCAGCAGUCGCAGCAGCAGUAGCAGUCGCAGCAGCAGCAGCGAGUGUGCCGUUAUUCCGUUCGUUACAUAAAGAAGAAAUUUCAAAUAGCAAGUUUAAGUGCGCUGCUCGGUGGCGAAUGGCAUAAAUCAGCAUUCAGCGAAAGCAGCAUUGUGAUAAACAUUUAAACGAAAGGAGCCAGCGCGACCCAAUAAAAAAUAAAUUAAAAUAGCCAAGUGAAAUCAAAACGAAAUCAAGGAAAAGUAAUGAAAUAAUGUGCAUUUGGUGAGCCAGCGACUGUGUAUCUGGUGUAUAGAGCCCAACAUAUAUGAAAAUAUGAAAUAUUAAAUGUGCCGUAACACGGGCGUUGAAAAAAUUACCAGGUAGUCGUGGGCUCGGGAAAAAAAGAGAAGUUCCAAAGGGGCGAGGACGAGGUGGAGCAAGCUAUUGGAGGAGAAGGAGCAGUAGGAGGGAGGAGGAAAGAUGGCGAAAGACGAAAGCGAACGAAAUUGUAAUAGAGGUCAAAAGAAGCAUUGAUUUAACGUGUGCACUUCCUCCCACUUUCAGCUCCACUCCUCUUGGCUUUCUCUUCGUCGGCUCCUCCUUGUUGUUCUCCCACCACCCACGCCACCACCACCACCACUACCAGUGCCACCCACCGUGUGUCCUGUGUGUCCUGUGCCGUUCUUCGUGCCACGACUGUGAACUGUGUCUGUGCGUGCCUCUCUCGCAAUAUUUGCGUGUGCGUGCCUCCUGUGUCUCUGUGUGUUAUAAAUAAUUUGUUUAAAAUUCGUCAAAUCGCUUGACGUUUCAUUCAAUAAAUUCCAUCUACCAGGACACACGCUCACACACACUGGCACACGCACGCACACACGCACAGACGCAAUGCCCCGUGUGGCGCCCGUGAAUCGUGUAUGUAUGUGCGAAAAAUGUUGAUGACGAACCACUUACGUCUAUCGCAACCCACGAAUCCAACGAAACCACGACAAACACAGCCGCAGCAGCUGAAAAAAUCGCAUGUAACACACCAACACAACCGUACACCACACACACACAAACACGCCCAUACAUAGCCCUAGGACACACGUACCGUUCAAUAUCCAAUAAGAAACCAAGCAUAAUUACAUAAUCAAAUAGAACGACUGGCAAAAAAAAUAAGGAAAUAUAAAAAGACAAGAGACAAACACGAAUAAAUAAAUAAAAAAAAAAACACGAGCAACAAAAGCGGAAACCAGCGAAAACAAGGACACGAAAGCAAACACGAUAAAUCAGCGCAAAGUGCAGCAUUAUUUAAUCAACGCCAGAGUCAGUCAGCAAGUGGAAAAACCCUGGAAACGCCUAAAAAUAAAGGACACGCGAUAACCAAAAAUAGAACGUAAUGAUAAAACCAAAACCAAAGUACCUGCAACAAUGAAAUUGAGCAAAUCUUAAAGGCGUAACCCAGACAAGCAAGCCCAAGAUUAGAAUUACUUUUAGAAAUAUACAAAAAGACACUCGCUAUAUACAAAAGUGCUAUAGAUAAACGAUAAACGCUAUCCGCAGUAAAAACAACGCAAAAAAGCAAAUAAAUUAAAGUAGUUCGUUGACGUUUGUUCACCGCUGGAAGUUAUCGAUACAGCCCAAGGAUAUAGAGCGUAAUCCCCGUUGAGAUAGUGUAAUGGAACUAACCUCGUAGUUUGUAGAGAGACCUGCGUCUCAGCCUGUAGGACAGCAAAUUCAAAUAACCGCAACAUAAACGCACUUAUCGACUAACUAAAACUACCAAGUAGUUGCCUCUCUAUAUACAAUAUAUAUACCUAUAUAUAUAUUUAUACACCUACGAGAUAUAUACAAGAUACUUAGCCGUAGCGAUUAGACGAAAAGCGCCAGUCUGUACAUCUACCUAUAUGGAUUUAUUUUUAUAAUGCCGCUAAUGCAAAACUGGAUCCCCGCCCUCGACCUAGGCCUUUCAAAUUGCAUCUGAAUAAGUAACGAGGGCGAUAUUAAUGCAUUAAUUGGGUGACGAAGGACGUCGCCACACGGAGUCCCAAGGAGGGACUGUUGCCGGGUCCGGAUCCUUUGCGUGUUGCUCGUGUCAGAUACACAAAUACGCCCAGAGCCGUAAUCCGUGGACUCGCAGAGGAGGAGUGAUACGAACGUACAGGACGAAUUAAAGCUACCUGCUUUGGGUUUCUCGUGUUGCGCUGCCUUGACGUAACUCCGCCUUAACUCGCGUCGCUUCCAUUUGCCACAAAAGUGAAAAAAAAACAGAAAAUAAAGGGCGACCGCAAAGCCAAAACUGCGGUGCGUUCGUUAAACUUUCAUGACCAAACAUUAACUUAAGCAGGGAGGAGGAGGUGGAGGAGAGGCGUGGCCAGAAGCCAGGUUGGAAGGCCAGGCGGGAUAGCAUACAUUUCGGAGCAAGGAAACUGAGCUGUCAUCAUCACUGUCCCAUCCCCUCCAACAGCUAGUUUGUUAUUUGUGAUAAAUUAUUCAGUGAUCCACAUUUCGGAUCCCGAUCCUGCCCACCCCACUUCAGCUCCAGUUACCGUUACCGUUAUCGUUAUCGUUACAGUACCAGCUCCAGUUCCAGGCCCCACCAUCACAUCUGUACACCAGCAACCACCAACCGAAUAGCAACAAUAACUAUACCCUAGUGGAUAAACGUCAUUUAUAAUCCAGAGUACAAAGUACGAAACUAAAACUCAAACAAAAGCUAAACUAUAAAUAGUAACAUAUGGUAUUAUUAUACACGCAACUCAAACAGAUAGUGUCAUAGAGUCACAUAACCUCAAAGAAACGAAAACGAGCGCAUAACGAAACAAAACGAAAAGUGAAGAACCAUAAGCAAUAUAAACAGUGCUGUUGACUAUUUUAGAGGCCACCUUUUAGAUACCGAUACCUUCUCACCCAACCUACGUUACUCAACCAAACACCUAUGAACCCACCAAAAACGAAUCGAAAACCUAACCUAACCUAAAACCUAAAACCUUAAAACACGGAUAACGGCGAACAGCCCCAUGUGCGAGUGAGACAGCCCGAAUAAAGAAGAAAGAGAGUAACACAACGAAAAGCAAUUAAUUUUUGUUUACGUGUCCGUGUGCGCUGGACUUGUAUUAGUUAAUGCCAAAAAUCGAAGCGGAAGUUGCACCCAUACCUGCACACCCAACUACCACUACAACUACAAUACACAUACACACAUACUGAGCCACGAUGACAAGGCCAAGAAUUGCAGUGGGCAUUGCGGGGCCUUUCCGGCGGCAAUAGCAAUAGCAACACCUUGAAAAAAAAAACUAAAAAAAAAGCAACAAAAAAUAGCAGCAAAAAUAUCCCCGAUAAUAACAGCCACGUUACGUUAGCGAAGGUGGCGCGAGUGGUUCGAUGUGGUUCGAAUUCGAGUUCGAGUGCAGGUGGUGACGUGACAGCGGCGGCGUCGUGGGUCCAAGAAAAUGCACGUUAAACACACUCAGCGCCGAGUCAGCGGUCCUGGAGCCUUCGGAACCUUUACCAACGAUCAACGUGCCAGCCGCGACAACUUGUGCCCGGACAACCAGCAGCAGCAACAGCAGCGGCACUCGCACUCGCACCAGCACUUGGUGCGCCAGUCUCUGGUGAGUCUCAGCAACGGCCAGCCGGCGGCAUCGGCGGCGCCGGACAGCGUCUCGCUGCUGCGAGCGGGCGAUGACCAGCAGCAGCAUCCACAGCAGCCACAUCUGCAGCAACAGCAACAGCAGCAGCAGCACCUGCAACAGCAACAGCAACGGCACCGCAGCAGCAGCAGUCGACUAUCGACAAGUGGCAUAUCCAAGCAGAACUCAUCGGACAGCAGGAGCGGACUGCGCAUCCUUGACAGCAGCCACAGUCCGGUGAGCUGUGGCACCCAGAGCGUGAGCAGCACUGGUGGCCAGUCGGCGCUCUACGAUGCCUGUCACGAGUAUUCACGCAGCUUGAGUGCAGCUGCCGCUGAAGGAGCCGCUUCGCUGCUCAAGAGCCACUACAGUGACCAGCAAUUGGCGCAGACGGAGCCAGACCCAGAACCGGAUCCGGAAAGGGAUCGGGAUCGGGAUAGGGAUAGGGAUAGAGACCGAGAACGGGAGCGUCGCCACCUGACCAACCUCAAUCUCAAUCUAAGCAGCGAGUACGACUACAGCGGAAGUGAUAAGCAGCAGCUGGUCAACGAGACGUACAUCUUCAAGUGCAUCGCCAACAGUCCAUCGUUCCUGCGCACCAACAAGAUCAAGGAGCAGUCCAAGAAGCUGCGGAAUCUCUCCCUCAAGACACGCACCGCCAAGAAGAAGGGCCAGAUUAUCUCCAAGUCGAACGCGGUGUCGGAUAACUCGUUGCAUCCGGGCGACAAGUACCUGAACUUGUAUCUGGUGGAGAAGAAGCACUCGCUGCAGCCGCAAGUGGCCUCCACGUCGAGUUCCAUCAACACCACGCAUCCGCAGGCUUCCUCGGCGCCAGCCAGUUCGUCCUCCACGUGCACCAAGGCGCCGCAGUUGCCCGCCUUGUCGGCGGUUGCUGCCCGCCAGCAGCAGUUGUUACUAAACGGAUCGCUGAAGGGCAAGGGACAGAGUCAGAGUCAGGGGCAGAGCCGGCAGACGCUGCCCGGCCAUCGGGCGUCGGUGAGGAGCGAGAGUGGAAGCGGGAGCAGCCACACCAUUCCGGCGACGGGAAAGAGUCCGCCGGUGCCGCACUCGCUGGCGGCCAAGAUCAGCAGCUCGGCAAGCGGCAGCAAGAACUGCAAUUUGCUCAGCGCCAGCAGCAACUCAUGCCACAAGCUGAACGCCCACGCCCAAGGAUCGGGAGCAGGAUCGGGAUCUGGAUCGGGAUCAGGAUCAGGACCACCCGGACACAGUCACUACGCGGCCGCCUCGCCCAAAAGUUCGGUCAGCAGCAACGGUCACCUGAACAAGUACUGCCUCACGGACCUCACGCGCCGCAAGGCCGAGUUCAAUCGCCAGCUGAGCGCGCCCACGGACUACACGCACCACUCCUCCAGCAACGGAUCGCAGCAGGAGGGCUCCUCGGAGGCCAACGAGGGCCACGAACCGGUCGGCGAGUCCACCAUCACCGUAGCCAGUGCCGGCGUAUCGUAUCCGCAUCCGUACUCCUAUCCGUAUCAUUACGCGCACCACGCCUCCUCGGCCACAGCGCCGGCCAAUCUCAAGGCGUCGCUGCAGCUGCACAGCUUCGGGAGCCACCAUCCGUGUCCUUAUCCGGCAAGGCCCACGUCCACGUCGUGCACCAACAGCUUCAACCGGCGCCACAUUCGCCGGCACAAGGGCAAGCUCGGCGAUCGACUGCUGAGCGGGGAUAGUGAGGAAUCGGUGCGCUGCUCCUAUUGCUCGGUGCUGAAUGUGAACGACAACGACCUGCGCAUUUCGUUCGAGAACACCUGCACCGAUUCGCUGGUAACCGCUUUCGAUGAUGAAGCCCUGCUAAUAUGCGACCAAGGAACCGAAAUGGUACACUUUGAUGACGUGUCGUUGUACGGCACUCCGAAAGAGGAGCCCAUGCCCAACAUACCGAUCGUGUCGGAAAAAGUCUCUGCGAAUUUCCUAAAAAGUCAAUUGCAAUCAUGGUUCCAGCCGACGGACAACCGACUGGCCAUGAAACUGUUUGGCAGCCGAAAGGCGCUGGUCAAGGAGCGCAUACGUCAGAAAACUUCCGGGCACUGGGUCAUACACCCGUGCAGUUCAUUCAGGUUUUACUGGGACCUUUGCAUGCUUUUAUUAUUAGUAGCAAAUCUUAUUAUCCUGCCAGUCGCAAUAUCAUUCUUCAACGAUGAUCUGAGCACACGAUGGAUUGCCUUCAACUGCCUAAGUGAUACUAUUUUUUUAAUAGAUAUUGUAGUCAAUUUUAGAACAGGAAUUAUGCAACAAGACAACGCUGAACAAGUAAUAUUGGAUCCAAAGCUUAUAGCUAAACACUAUUUAAGAACUUGGUUUUUUCUCGAUUUGAUUUCGUCGAUACCGCUCGAUUAUAUAUUUUUAAUUUUCAAUCAAGAUUUCUCUGAUUCUUUUCAAAUAUUGCAUGCCGGACGCGCCCUGCGCAUCCUGCGCCUGGCCAAGCUGUUAUCCCUGGUGCGACUGCUCCGCCUUUCCCGCCUCGUGCGCUACGUGUCCCAAUGGGAGGAGGUCUAUUUCCUCAAUAUGGCCUCGGUCUUCAUGAGGAUCUUCAAUUUAAUUUGCAUGAUGCUCCUGAUCGGCCAUUGGAGCGGUUGCUUGCAGUUCUUAGUGCCAAUGUUGCAGGGUUUUCCAUCCAACUCCUGGGUCUCCAUCAACGAGUUGCAGGAAUCGUACUGGCUGGAGCAGUAUUCGUGGGCAUUGUUCAAGGCCAUGUCGCACAUGCUCUGCAUAGGCUACGGCAGAUUCCCGCCACAAUCACUGACAGACAUGUGGCUGACGAUGCUAUCGAUGAUAUCCGGGGCCACCUGUUACGCAUUGUUCCUCGGUCACGCGACCAAUCUCAUCCAGAGCUUGGACUCCAGCCGGCGCCAGUAUCGCGAGAAGGUCAAACAGGUGGAGGAGUACAUGGCCUACCGCAAGCUGCCACGCGACAUGCGGCAGCGCAUCACGGAAUAUUUCGAGCAUCGGUACCAGGGUAAAUUCUUCGAUGAAGAGUUGAUACUUGGCGAGUUGAGCGAAAAACUGCGCGAGGAUGUCAUCAACUACAACUGCAGAUCCCUCGUGGCGUCAGUGCCUUUUUUUGCUAAUGCCGAUUCGAAUUUCGUUUCCGACGUAGUUACCAAACUGAAAUACGAAGUUUUCCAACCAGGUGAUAUUAUCAUAAAGGAGGGUACGAUCGGUACUAAGAUGUACUUCAUACAGGAGGGCGUGGUGGACAUUGUCAUGGCCAACGGCGAGGUUGCCACCUCACUUUCGGAUGGGUCUUAUUUCGGUGAGAUCUGUCUGCUGACCAAUGCGCGUCGUGUGGCCAGCGUGCGAGCCGAAACCUAUUGCAAUCUAUUCUCGUUGAGCGUGGAUCAUUUCAAUUGCGUUCUGGAUCAGUAUCCGCUGAUGCGCAAGACCAUGGAGACUGUGGCCGCCGAGCGGUUAAACAAGAUCGGCAAGAAUCCAAACAUAAUGCAUCAGAAGGACGAGCAGCUGAGCAAUCCGGAGUCGAACACGAUUACGGCUGUGGUUAAUGCACUGGCUGCCGAGGCGGAUGACUGCAAAGAUGAUGACAUGGAUCUCAAGGAGAAUUUACUGCAUGGGUCAGAGUCGAGCAUUGCUGAGCCGGUGCAGACGAUACGUGAGGGUCUCCCGAGGCCACGGAGCGGGGAGUUCCGGGCCUUGUUCGAGGGUAACACUCCAUGACACUGAGGAGCAGUGACAAGCGGUGCCCUCGGGCACCGGGCAACCAUCUGAAGCAGCAGUUCGCUGGACACUCACUCACCAAGUCCCACAUCCAUACUCCACACAGGACUACCACUCACACACACACACACACACUGCGUAUAUAAUAAUUUAGUAAAAGGAACCCCAAGACGCGAUAAGAGUACACUAAAAAAGAAUCAAUUUAUGGUAGACACUCUAUAUAUGCAAUUGCGAUUUAGUAGAAAACGUAUUAAAAACUAAAAACCCAAAAAAAGAAGAUAAAAACAAUUACACAAAAAAUGUCCUCAAUAAUUAUUCAUAAUUUCAGCUCCGCUAACUGUGAUGACUUUAAUAUAAGAAUCGAAAAAAAAAUUAACAAACAAACAAAAAAAAAAAAAAUGAAAACGAGUACAUACAGAGAUAAAUUAUGCGAUAGAGAGAACUCAGCAGCCAGCAGACAGAUCAGAAAAUCACAACCCACGGCCAUAGAAGAUCUGCCACCCACACUACACACCAUACACCACACUCCACACACCACCGCCGCCAUCACAAACAGCAAAUACUGACAUAUAACGUAAAUCUACAUAUAAGUUUUAUGCCCACGAUAUUGUAACGAUAACGAAGUGAAUAGACUUUUGAAUUGCUACCUAGGCGUUAGUCCUAUGGACCUACUCUACAAGAAAACACAACCACACAGCAGCAAGCACACCUGUAAGUGGCCAAGUGGCCAACGGGUCAAAGGUGACACGAUUCAAGAAACAGGCAUCAGGCAUCGGGGGGCGACAGUGACAGUCAGACAGACAGACAUGCAUCAACUUAUGAUAUAAACGAAGCGAAGCGUUACAGCAUACCAAAACAUAUUUAUGCGCGUAGCUAUUAUGUACUCGAGCAACCAACAAACAAACAACAAAACAAUUAUGUAUUAUUGCGAUUAUAUAGCAUAUUUAAAUACGCAUUGCAAAAAAAAAGGGAAAACAUAACUCAGCAAUAUACAAAACCAGAAAAGAACCCAAGAAACAAAACAAAAUGAAAAGUAUUUAAGCAAAAAAUUUAACGAAUGCGCAUUAGUAGUUGAACUAUUAGUUUUUCACUCACUAACAAACAAAACACCACUCGACACACAACGUAGUAGAGAAGCCUAAAAAAAAAAAAAAACAUAAUGAAAAAUAUAUUAAAAACCAACCUCAGGGUGCCGUCGUUUCAGCGGUCACCAAAAAAUAAAAAAAAAACAAACGAAAAAAAUCUAAAACCAGACAAGAAACCAACUAUAUACACAACAUAUAUAUACAAAACAUAGACAAUGUUGUCUUUUAUAGGGAAUUGUUAAAGCGCCUCAGUUACAUUUCAAGUAUUUAUUGCGGGCCUGCCACCAGGCGAGAUCAUGAUUUUCCAUUCAGAUUCAGAAUUUCCGUUCAAGAUGCCACUUUUAGUUGCGAGCGAGAUCUCUUUUGCAAGUGGUUCGUCUUUGAGUCCUUGUUUGUUUUACUUUCGUGCAUAAAUCAGGCGAAGGACAGCGACUUGUUGAAGGAUUUAUGUAACCUAGUAUUUUAUUACACGUAAACUAAUAAAAAGAAAGCAGAAGGAC